AUGUCACAUGUCUUCGACACUGAGGCAGUUGGUGCCUGCCGGGCAUUAGAACAGCACAAUGUCGGCCUGAAAUGGGCUCCUGGGCAUAUGAGGAUAGAGGGCAAUGAGGAAGCAGACCGCUUGACUAAGCGGGCAGUCUCAUCUGCUGCAGCCCCAGCCUAUGGACUUGAGGCCACACCCACAGUCAGUGGGGUCCGCACAGUGGCCAAGCAGCUCAGUCAAGAGGCAAGGUGA